GGGGCUGUAGGGGGGGGGGGAGGUUGCCCGAUGACGUCACCCGGAAGCGGCGCGAGCCACUGGGCGCUGUUUACAGCUGCACGAGAACGGAGAGGACUGGGCCCCUUCAAUAAAAGAACUUUUGCACACAGCGUCCACGAAAGACGUGAUCAUGACGCUAAUGAAGGGCUCCUUUACAUAUGCCACUGGGGAGGAAUACCAAGGAGAAUGGAAGGAAGGGCGAAGGCACGGGCUCGGACAACUGAGAUUCACGGAUGGCACACACUAUCUGGGCCAGUUUGAGAAUGGGCUGUUUAGUGGCUGUGGCGUUCUCGCCUUUCCCGACGGCUCCAGAUUUGAAGGCGAGUUUUCUCAAGGAAAGUUUCAUGGUGUUGGUGUGUUCUCAAGAUCCGAUGGGAUGAUGUUUGAAGGAGAGUUUAAGAACGGCCACGUGGAGGGAUAUGGUUUGCUGACCUUCCCAGACGGUUCCCAUGGCUUGCCGCGGAACGAAGGUAUUUUUGAGAACAAUAAGUUGUCCAAGCGUGAGAAGUGCGGGGCCAUUGUCCAGAGAGCUCAAGCUGCAGCAAAGACAGCCCGUGGCCUUUCCGUGUGAAUACGCUAAUUUCCCACGUGAUCAGGUUCUUCGCCCAAAAACUAGGACAUUUGGCGUUCUUUAGAAGUGGUCGCAGAUGUGAGAAGAAUGUUAGAUUACGUCUAUAAUCUCAGAGCGAUUGAUUUUCGUUGCAAUGUGGAGAAAAAUAUAUCCAUUUCAUAAAAUGUACCAUGUUGUGGCUCAGUUUUAUUUUAAUUAUUUUUAUUUAAAUCUAUUCACUGUUCAAUGAAAUGCUCUGGAUCACACACCUGUCAAUGGCAUUUUGAAAAACAUAGCCUGACCUAUUUUUAUUCAAAUUGCGGUACGAUUAAAAUAAAUUUAAUAUGCUGCAGAUGAAUUAUAUACACUUUAGAAGAAGAAGAAAAAUCCCCAAUACAUUUCAAUAAUUGAAGUAUAAAUAUAAAGCUCUGAAAUAUGAAGAUAAAACCAAGCACAGUACAUCUGUGUUGUUACAAUAAAAAGUAUUGGCUAAACUGUAAAAAAAAAUGACAUUCUUUGUUUUAAUUUCCUCUCUAGAU